AUGAUACAGAUAGUGAGAGGUGCACAGACAGACGACACUAUUCUGCCCUCUGCAAAUAUGUUUAAUCAGUUUAUACUAAUCUUACUUGUGCUGCUGUGUUCAGGAGGUGCCGAGUGUUGUGGUUUGUCAUCUAAUCUGUCCAUUACAACAACUUCAACUUCAACUUACAAUUCAAAGCUGGAGGCUUUGAGAGGCUCCUGCUUGCAGAUCCCAUGCACAUAUUCACCCUCAUCAUCUCAAAUGAACAGUACAUGGAUUAAACAGGCUAUAGUGGGUAUUUGGCUUAAAAAUAGUUAUAAAGUAAGUGUACCGAAUGUCUUUUCAGUCAGCGGAGUCGACAGUCUGUCUUAUCCCAUGAAUAUCACUGGGCGCUUAGAAAACAACUCCUGCAACACUGUGUUUUAUGACUUAAAAAAAGAGCAUGAAGGCGACUAUUACUUCAGAGUAGUGAGCAGAGAUUUCUCAGCCACAGCUGUUUGUGACCCUCUUCACAUAACAGUCAGAGACACUCCCUGGAGUCCCACACUAAAAGUCUGUGGUGAACAGAGAGAGACAGAGGUGGUGACUAUUACCUGCUCAGCUGUCACGCCCUGUCCUCUUCACUUCCCUCGGCUCAAGUGGAACCUCUGGCCAAACCGUGAGAGGACUGUUGUUACAGACCACAAAAUAGUCACGGACGCACAGGGGACAUAUAACACUACAAUCACACGCAACGUGACUCUGACAGAAGCCCAUCGUGGACUCCUGAUAUGGUGUAGAGCUUCUUCCUACAUUGUGAACGACGGAUUAAUAACUAGCCACACUAGCAUGAUUCUCAAUGUCUCACGUGAGUCCACCACACUUAUUAUUUUACCAUGUUACUUGGUUAUUUAAGUGUGUGUGUGUGUGUGUGUGUGUGUUUGUGUGUGUCUGUGUGUGUGUGUGUGUGUGUGUAUUAUGAUACAGAAUUCAUAAAGCAUUGUUUUUUUUAUUUGUCAUUUGGAUUUAUGCUAAUAUCUACAUCUGUUCAAAGGUGCUGCAGCCCUGAAGCCUAUAGAACAUAAUGACCACAUGACAAAUACUACUACUACUACUACUACUACUACUACU